AUGACUGAUAUCUUUGAACAAUUAGUUGGGAGACAGGGCCUAGGGCCACUUAACCAACUCGGGGCCCAGGAUAGAAGGGAAAAUAGAGUCUUGGAGAGGUUUUUGAAAUUUGACCCGCCUAAGUUUACUGGGGAACCUGAUCCCGAGGUAGCGGAGAAUUGGCUGGAGAGGAUGACCAAUAUAUUUGCUACCUUAGACUAUACCGAAAAUAGGCGAGUUAACUUUGCUGCUAUCCAUUUUGAGGGAGUAGCACGUGCCUGGUGGGACAUGAUAAGGGGAAAGUGGGAGAGAGUCCAAAUCCCUUGGAAUUGGAAAAACUUUACGAGAGAGUUUAAUGAAAAGUUUCUUCCGCCUUUGAUCCAAGAGAAGCAGGAGGACGAAUUUAUAAAGUUAAGGCAAGGAACUCUUAGUGUAGCCGAGUAUGAAGGGAAGUUCACUAAACUUUCUAAGUACGCUCUCGAAUUGGUGACUAAUGAGCGGAAAAGGAUAAGACAUUUUGUACAAUGCCUUAAUGUGGAGAUUCAGGAGAGUUUGGCUGCAGCCCAAAUCUCUAUAUUUACUGAAUCUUUGGAGAAAGCACGCAAGGAUACAAAUUAG